AUGGCUGCGACAUUCCAGAGACAUACAGGCCUCUCUAUGACUCCCCAGAACCCAAGAGCAGCUGCUGAUGAACCCAGAGCUCCAGCUCCCAUCGGGCACCUGGACAGCAUCUUGGUAUCCAUGGUUCCCACAGGCUACCCGUCAGCAGCCCCGACACCUUCAAAUGAGAGCGGUACACACCUGUUAAAUCAGACGCCCACACAGGGCCGCUCUCCUUGCGUGAUGUCUUGCAACACCUCUCAUCAGAGGCCUCCAAAGGCAGAGUCUCCCCCCAAGAGGAGGAAGAAGAGAUACCUGCGUCAUGAUAAGCCCCCCUACACCUACUUGGCCAUGAUCGCUCUGGUAAUUCAGGCAGCACCUUUCCGCAGGCUGAAGCUGGCCCAGAUCAUCCGUCAGGUCCAGGCAAUGUUCCCCUUCUUCAGGGACGACUACGAAGGCUGGAAGGACUCCAUCCGCCACAACCUUUCCUCUAACCGGUGCUUCCGGAAGGUGCCCAAGGACCCUGCAAAGCCCCAGGCUAAGGGCAACUUCUGGGCGGUGGACGUGAGCCUGAUCCCAGCAGAGGCACUCCGCCUUCAGAACACUGCCCUGUGCCGGCGAUGGCAGACCCGGGGCACACACAGAGCUUUCGUCAAGGACCUGAGCCCCUACGUGCUCCACGGCCAGCCUUACCGGCCGCCCAGUCCCCCACCACCAUCCAGGGACGGUUUCAGCAUCCAGUCCCUGCUAGCGGACCCCGGGAAAGAAUCAACAUGGCCCCAGCAGCCUGCGCUAGCUGGACAGAGCAGUUCAGCUCAGGCAGGUACCAGCUCUAAGGGGGAAGAAGAGAUGUGUACCGUGCCUUGUGACUCCACUGAGAAGCCUCUGUGGCCCCUCCGCUCCCUUCCUGGGCCCACAAGAAUAGAGGGGGAGACUUCCCAAGGGGAAGUCAUCAGGCCUUCUCUUUCCCCAGAGCAAGGCACCUGGCCAGUCCACUUAUUUCAGGGUUCCCAAGAUCCCAUGGGGAUGUCCAGCAGGGGGUGCAGAGCUUCCCUGUGGGGAUAGCUACCCACUUCUUAUUUGCCCAUCUACACUCCCAAUGUAGUAGUGCCCUUGGCCACACUACCUCCUACCUCUUGCUCCCAGUGCCCGUCUUCAACCAGUCCAGCCUACUGGAGUGUAGGUACUGAAUCCCAAGGAUCCCUGGACCUGCUCUGUGACCUAGAUUUCCUCUUCCAGGGAGUACCACCCAACAAGAGCAUCUAUGAUGUGUGGGCCAGCCACCCUUGGGACCUGGCUGCUCCUACCCCCAGCUGGAUGCUCUCCUGGUACAGCCUGUAA